CAUGUUGUUUUGCGUAAGAACGGAAUCCGCGUCAUCAGACCACAAAACCAAACUAACAGGAUGUGGUAAACCCAAGCCAAUGAUUUUAUUUGUUCAGUUGCAUCAAGUGAGAUAUAUAUAGACAUAGUUCAUCAGUGCGUAGGUCCGGCAGUAAAUGACGCCACAUUGUCAUUGGACAUUGAAUACAUCUUUUCACCGGAAAGUCGUUACAGACACAGACAGCUCAGCCUACACGCAACCCGAAAUUUUCACAGCUUUUUACCAGCUUUUUAUUAAUUUAUACACGUAAACGUUACACGUAAAUAAUUGUACAGCUCAGUGGGGAACGGAACAUGGUAUGCUCAAGGUAUGCUCUACUCUAGGGAAUCCGUGAGAGAAUUCCGGAAACGCGCGCUCGAACCACCCCACGCUCCGCCUUCCAAAAUAUAGAAGUUAAACAAUCACGAAGAUUUUGAAUAAAUUUGUUGCCGUCGAACAGGUGACUGUUUAUGAUAUUGUAUGAGAACCCUUAUAUAAAUAUACGCGGAAAUUGAUGUUUAAUAUAUGGAAGAAACAGUCUUAAACCAUGUUUUCAAUGGUCUUUAAGCCAACAAAAUCGCUCGUAUGACGUAUUGAAUUGCUCUAAGUUGACCGGCCGGGCUCAUCAAUUCUUUUAUGCUGUAACUGAACACCUUGUGAACGAAAGGUUUCAUCAUGUUGACAGAUAUGUGAUAGAUUUCGCUGUUUCGCAAGAAUUUUCGAGAACGACAUAAACAAGACUUGAUAUUGUAAUUGGAAAUGGCGCUUGAUUUUUUCGCAGGUUCGAUCGGAGGUAAGCAAACUAAUAAAUUUAGCUACGUGUGACGUAUUGUGUAAUAUAUAAAUGUGUUUACACUUCAAUAAAUAACUUAUUUUUUUAUGAAGUGUAUUUGUUAAUCUGAUUAAAACCGGCUGUAUAUCUCAAGAUCCGAUAACUCCAGAACAUGGAUUGAUGCGUGCUCGUUUUUAUUUUAUUCUACUGGGGUCUAAUUCAUACAGUGUGUUAAAUAUUUAUAAAGUACAAUUAUAUAUUAUUGUUCUCUGUAAAAAAUACAAUUUCUGUCUGAAAUGCAGGCGUUUGUUGUACAGCUAGCAAAUUCUCUUAUCUAGACGACCAGGUAGCUGAUAAAUUAUUUGCAAAUUGAACUAUUGUCAGCAUGAUUAUAUUGGACAAUACUAUUUAUAUAUAGCAAGUAGUGCGCAGUAAAGUCCAGCAUUUUUCAUGCUUUCAUUUUCAUUACUGGGUUAAAUUACAUAGAUUCCACAAAGUGAAAGCUAUUCCCGCCCUUCCUUAAUAAAAUUCCACAAAGCGAAAGCUAUUCCCGCCCUUCCUUAAUAAAAUUCCAGAAAGCGAAAGCUAUUCCAGCCCUCCCUUAAUAAAAUAUUGGUGGGGGAGUCGCACCCCCCUGCUUUCUAUGCCCUGGGAAGAAGUUUUGACUAAUUUGGGAUUUGAAAUGUAUUAGACUUUAUAGGGGCCAACCAUUAGAAAAAUGGGGGGGGGGGGGGAAAGGGGAUUCUCAGUUGCCACAAAUUUUUUCUCCUGGCUGUCUGCUUGUGCUGGAAUGUUUUUGCAGAAUUUUAAAGAUAUUUUUCUUUAAAGGUAAUGUCCACUCCUGUGUGCAUGUGCGAAGUUUGUUUACGUUUUGAACUGCUAUAUAUUUGUAAAAUAUGAUAUUACUAACUGAAUAUCUAACACUUUUCUGGUUCACUAUGCUUGUAAAUGAAUAUAAACUCUACGUUUCAAUUCAAAAAAGUUUGAAAGAUGCAAAACUUCGGCAAUGUUUAUAUCUGGGGGUCCCCCUUUGUUAUGAGUAGAACUGAUGCGCAGAGCGGAGUGGAAAUCAUCUUUGAUACUUUUUGUUUGUGGAAACUGGAAAUUUAAAGAUAGGGUGCACUUCGGUCUGUGCAUGCGCACGUAGGAGUCUCCUGCCGUGAUAUAAACACUUUAAUUAAUUAGGUUUUUAUUUCAUUUUAUGUUCUUGCAAAGCCUGAUUGUUGUAUCUUCAUGAUCAUUUAUUAUACUGUAGAAGCAUGAAAAUUUAAAUAGUUGUCAAAUAAAGUUCAAUAUUUUGAAUACUGAAAUGUAAACAACUUUAGGCUUUGUUUCAUACAGAGUGUACCCUACCUUUAAUAUAUGGAAGAAACAGUAAAUUUACGUGGUGUUUGCACAAACAAAAAGUAUUAUAUGUUUUAUUGCCAUGCAAACCUACAAACUAGAACUUAUAUUUUUCUUUGCUUUCCUCUGCAUAAAGUUUGUUUCUGUGAUAUGGCAAGUGAGAAAAUUCAAAAUAAAUGUCCAUUUACACUUGCAAAUUUUUGCAGUGAUUUCUUGUGCAAUUUUCUUCUGAUGCAUAUAUAAUUAUGUUCAGUGUAUUAAUGAAUUAUGACUGUACAACUCAUCCAAUUUUGCCCUUCAUUACAAUUUAUACUACAAAGUUUCUUUCAAAACAUUGCUAAAAGGGUACUUAAUUGACACAGAGAUGAAUGACCGUUACUGUUUCAAUUUUACAGAAAAACUUAAUUCUUACAAAGUGUAGACCCUAAGCAACCAAAAAAUGUCAAAUUUUCACUCUAUCAUUGAAACUUCUCCAAGUGGAGUGCAUGACGUUUCAGGGUAGGUGCAAAAAUUCUCGGGAGGUGCAAAACGAUCUCAGGGGAGGUGCGCACCUCCCUUACACCUCCCCUCAAAAUCCGGCCAUGAAUCACAGCAAAAAUUGUAAGUGUAAAUUGGCCUUAACCAGUUACUAUCUGCCCAUGCACCCUGUUAAUUCUUUAAUUUAAUUGGCAAUGUAUGUGCCCUGACGAGUUCCAAGAGUCCUACUUUAUUUUUGUUUUACUCUGUCUAAUGUCUAACUCAUCAAGGGGAGAGCACUAACAUUCACUUAAUGGGUUAACCAGACUGUCUGCCCAUGUGUUAAUAGAUUGAAACAAAUAUUUUUUUUUGUAAUUUCCAGGCGUAGCUGGUGUGAUAGUGGGUCAUCCAUUUGAUACUGUUAAAGUAAGAUUUCUUGAGAUGUUCAUUGCUGUAAAAUCUUUAAAUCAACACUGACCUCAGAGGUGCUGGAGCAUGCUCAAGGCCAUAUGGAUGGUUCCACCAGAAAUGACACUUUGAACCCAGUUUUAUGCAUCAUAAUGAUGUGAAAUAAUGUGAUUAAAAUAGCUUUCUGGUCUAAGACGUAUUAGCUUGCGGCAUAGACAGAUUUUUGUUUUGGAGGGAUGAGGUGCACAGGUGCAUGCAAAAUAUUUUGCACCCCCUCAGAAAGUUUUCCCACCUUUUUAGAUAUACAUCACUUUUGUUAUGCAACACAUCUUUAUAUGAAGGGUAUUAGCUUGCCCCCACCACCCUCCUGUGUGUGAAGGGCAGCCAGGCAACUGCUAAACAUCUAUGUGGUUGUAGCAACCCUGGUCACUCUCAUUCAGACAGAUUUUAUAUUUUAUAGGUUCGAUUACAGACCCAACCUUCCAGCAGUUAUUCUGGAAUGAUACAAUGUUUUUCAAAAAUUGUCCGAGAGGAAUCAGUAAGUGUUAUUGAUUGGGUAAAUUAAUUGUUAUUAUGGUAGUGUAAAUCCUUUAAUAAGUUCCCUUCUCUGUUAAGCUCCCCUCGCUAUUACCUCCCAUUCUAAUGUGCCCCUCUCUAAUUAAGC